UAUGAGUUUCCCAAUGCAUCUCGUUAACCGACCAGUUGUCAUAUUAUUAAAUAUAUAAAAAUUAAAUAUGUGUAAAUUACAAUGUAAAUAGUAUUAAAUAUAACUCUGUCAAGUCGCAUAAGACACACUAAUAUUAUCAAAUAAACUCGAACGGCUAAAAAUGGUGGAUGGUAUAUCUUCUCUCGUCUACAAUUUUUGUCUAUGGUCGGGUGCAUGGUGGUCACCUAACCUAAAUAUGUGCUCCUAAUGAUCGAGAAUAAUUUGUAGUAGUCGUUGACUUUUUCUCAAUAACGCUCCUUCUCCCUUCUGUAUUUGUUUAUAACGCUGAUGAUAAUGCUGCAGUUCAGCGCGUCCCUCUAUUCUGCGACCGCCAGGCUCACGCCACGCUCGUCCUGGCGUUUCACCGCUCUCAUAGCCAAUAACUCCAGCACAGCGAUCACCAGCGAGCAACCCGCUGCAUCUAUCAAGGAAGACGAAGGCCCUAAGUAUGCAAAGAUGCAAAAGCAUAUUUUACAGAAAGAAGAGCAGCAUAAGUUGAAGGAGAUGGGAUCCCAGAUAAAAAUUAAUUUACCUGAAAUUAGUGAAAACGACAAGUUCGUCGAAAAGUUUCAAACUGCUGAGUCUGUAAAUGACUUGUUGGACAUGGCAAUGUUACCAAAUCUCUCUGUACCUAAUGCCUUGAAGCUUAUAUCACAAAUAACGAAUGAGAUAAACAGUGGAAAAUCACAAGUGACAAACAUUGAGACUGAUCAGAGGUUUGUUCACCUCAGAAAAAUAGUUAAGACUAAUGGCCAGAUCAAAUUUGAUUCAGAAACAUCUAACGAUUAUGACGAUCUUUCAAAGUAUUCUCAAUUGUCCACACCUGCUAUGAUUGCUAUGAUAGCGUCAUUGAGGGAACAAGGAAAAAGGAACACACCGCUACUAAGAAUGCUGUCGUAUAAUAUUGUCAAAUACAAUAUGAAAUUAAAUGUGAAGCAGUGCGCAACUUUGUUGUACAGCAUGGCUAUAUUGAAUUUUCCAGAUAAGGUACUGUUAGAAAAAGUCAUGGCCGACUUGCUACAAUGUUUACCGACAAGCACCAACGCUGCUACAAAUAAAUAUAUCAUAACAUCGCUAGGAUUUCUGCACUAUAAGAACGAAGACGUGCUCGACGUGUUCUGCGACACGCUCUUCAACACAUCGGUAGAAUACAAAUUGCAUCAUUACUCGUCGAUUCUGCAAACGUUCGCGGCCUUGUGCUAUAAAUCGCAGAAGGCGAACACUUUUAUCAAAGAUUUCGCGCAGCAAGUGAAUCCGUUUCUUGUGUCCUCGGCGGAAUGGUUGGACAUUGUCUGGUCGUUAACGGUUCUGAACUUUGUGCAGCAACGGCAGGUCGAGUCUGUAUUGCAUUCUACGUUUACAACGAAGUUGAACGACUCUUCCAAGCUAAAUGUGUCGAAGAAAUUAAAAUUAUUCAACAUCAAUGCCUUUGCGCAGUUUGGGAUGAAAGACUACAAAGGGCCAUUUUUGGACAAAGACUCUGCAAUGUUCGUGGAUAUACCUUUAAUUAGAGCAAAGUCGAAGCAAACGUACACAGAUGCAUUAUCAGAGACACUGAAGAAUUUGUUCCCAUCACAGUCUCACUACAAAAUCAAUGUCGACACGAAUAUGGGAUUUUUACUAGAUGCCGAGUAUCGUAUGGAUGAAAAACACAAACCUAUAGCGGUCGAAAAUUGGAACGAACAGUCUAAAGAUGUGAGGAGGAUAGGAAUAGUGGUACACGACUACCAUGAUUAUUGUCGAGGACAGAGCGAUCUCUUAGGAUCUGUAUAUUUAUAUACACAGCUAUUAAAAGCCCAAGGAUACGACCUUUUAACAAUUUCAUACGAAAAUUUCAGUAUACAAGACAAGCUCGAGAAGCGAAUCAAUUUCUUGAAACAAUGUAUGAGAAAUGUACAGGAAAAGAAAUCGACGUAGUAGUGAAAUAUUGGACUCAGUCUAAAUUAAAUAAAUAUGAAGAAAAUGUAUAAA